GUCCACCACACCUAUACAUUGUACCCAAGAGAUUUAUCCACACCGAUCGAUGAAUCCCAACAACAGAUAAAUGCGCGAUAGAGGAAGAGAUCUAUGACAGUGACGGACGACCGGGGGUGGUUGCUCUCCGCUCUUUUACCUGUAAUUCUGUUUGCACAGUUGGACCGACAGCUAUCUCACCUUGACAGCGGUCUGCCACCAAAAGACCACAACCACAAUCCCAAUAUUCUCGGCCCCUGGAUCCAUUCACCAACAGCAUCCUCAGGGGUAACUCGAACUCCAUCCGUCAUGGGUACGCUCAAGAACCUCGUGAUAGCUGUGACUGGCACCCUUUCAGCCGACAACUCCCAGCUCAAGAAGUGGAUCGAAACCAACGGCGGUCGUUACUCUCUUAACGUACGCAGAGGCGUCACACACCUCAUCGCCGGCAAGGACGCAUGGAAAAACGCGUCCGACGCAGUACAAGCAGCAGUCAAAGCUGGAGCAUUCGUCGUCACUUAUGAUUGGCUCGAAGACAGUCUGCAGAAGAGAAGGAAGCUUGCAGAGACGAGAUACACGUGGGAGUAUCUGUGGCAGGGGAGGAAGAGAAGGAGGGAGAUGAGGAAGCUGGGUCCACUGAUCGAUGCGAAGAAGUUCAACAAUGGUUGUGAAGAAGCGAAGAAGGCUACGGGUACAGGUACGUCCAAGUCCCGGUCCCACGCAGUCAUUCGCAAGCCCAGAGUCUCCAAGAGCUUCUUCUUUGCGGAUGUGGUCAACGUGCCAUUCGUGUCUGCCGCGGACGAUCUGAAGCACAAAAGGGAAGAGCGAGAAGCAGCGAAGGCGAAGAACGCUGAGGAGACAGCGGCGAAGAAGACCGAGACUGCUAAAACUGAUCGCGCCACCUCCUCCGCGCCUUCCUUGGCUCAGUGUUCAACUUCGAAUGCCGAGAACCUCUCAUCUCCCUCAUCGGCAUCGUCACACGCUCUUAGUACCACAUCCUACCAGCCCGCAUCUUCUGCCACUGGAGCCCCAGCUAAGAAACCUCCCCUCAAAGAUCUGUACCACUACUACCUCGACACCACUGGCUUCGAGUACAAGAUCAUACUCACCCGCUGCAACCUCCGCGCGAAUCAGAUCACAAGAUACCGACUCAGUAUCCUCGAGAGCCACACUAAGCCACACGUAUACUGCACCUUUGUCGAGUACUUUCCGCCAGGCGGAAACGCUGCAGGCUCAGGAGAUGGCGCAUGCAUCCAAGCACUUUUCGACUUCAACAAAACCUUCUAUGAAGACGCUGCACCAGGCUUGGAUACGCCUGACACAUCCAUGCACAUCGAUGAAGGACUCCAAGCUGUCACAUCACAAACUCCUCUCCCGCUUCCACAGCAAGGUCUCUACAACCACCCCGAAGCAGCACGUCUCCGCUCCCUCCUCUACACACCCCCAUCCAUGCCCUCCGCCACCCUUCCCUACAGAAACCUCAUCGUACCCAUGAAAUCCACCUUCGCCACCGCCUGGCGCGCCUUCCGCCACGCCUUCCGCGACCUGACCCUGCUAUCCUGGGAAGAACGUUUCGACAUCACCAAGAUUCUCUACAAAUCUCGCGCCCAGCACUUCGGUAUCGAGCCCUUCCUCUACGUGCGUCCGAAGGAAGGCCUACCGCUCGGUCUGCGGGUUCAAGAAGCUGGGUUGUUUCAGAACCAGACACUGCCGCGCAUGGACAAGGAGGGAAAUAUCACGUCCGAAGCGGCAGGAGAGCGGAUGGGCGUGGUGGAGAACGAGAACGACGACAACUACACGUAUAACGCGUUCAAUCUACCUGCGCUCUCACACCCCUCCGGCCAAGGCAUAAUCGGCACAGCCGUGCAGAACGACAUCGACGUCGCCCGCAAGACAGCAGAAAAGGCGAAGCUGCUCGCCGAGGAAGCAGAGGAAGCCAGGCUGAGGAAAUUAGGACUCGCUCGCAAGGCGGAGAAGAAGCCGAACUACUCGCGCCCGCUGUUCAAUGGCAUUACGGGACGGCCUACGACGGAUGCUUGGGGGCGGUAUAAGACGAGUGAGGGAGGGGUGGGUGGUAGCGGUGGGAGUGGGUUGGCUGGAGGGGGGGGGGGUGAAGAAGAGAAGGCCGUUUCCGUCGGAGAGGAAGGCAAUGUGUGA